GGGCUUCGAUCCGAAGCGCGGCGAGGCGGCCAUGGCGGCGACGGGCGGGCGGCGGUGCCGGCGGCUGGAGGGCGAGACGGCCCGCGCCGUGCUGGCCAACGUCGACACGCUGCUGUUCGACUGCGACGGCGUGCUGUGGCGCGGCGAGGCGGCGCUGAGCGGCGCGCCGGCGGCCCUGGGCCGUUUGGCGGCGGCGGGCAAGCGGCUGUGCUACGUGACCAACAACAGCAGCCGCACGCGGGUCGCUUACACCGAGAAGCUGCGGCGCCUCGGCUUCCCGCCCGCCGAGCCCCGCCACGUCUUCGGCUCGGCCUUCUGCGCCGCCCGCUACCUCCGCCAGGCCCUGCCGCCCGGCGCCGCCGCCUACGUGCUGGGCGGCCCCGCGCUCUCCGCCGAGCUGGAGGCCGCCGGCAUCCCGCACCUCGGGCCCGGCCCCGCCGCCCUGCCCGGCCCCGCGCCCGCCGACUGGGCCCAGGCGCCGCUGGAGCCGGCGGUGCGCGCCGUGCUGGUGGGCUUCGACGAGCACUUCAGCUACGCCAAGCUGUGCCAGGCGCUGCGCUACCUCCUGCGCGGCCCCGACUGCCUCCUCGUCGGCACCAACCGCGACAACCGCCUGCCGCUGGAGGGCGGCUCCGCCAUCCCCGGGACCGGCUGCCUGGUAAAAGCCGUGGAGACAGCAGCAGAGCGCGAGGCUUUCAUCGUCGGGAAGCCCAGCCGUUAUAUAUUUGACUGCGUGGCCAGCGAGUUUGACAUCGACCCUGCGCGCACCAUCAUGGUGGGGGAUCGGCUGGACACGGACAUCCUCAUGGGCAACACCUGCGGCCUCACCACCCUGCUGACGCUCACCGGGGUCAGCACGCUGGAGGAAGUGAGAGGGCACCAGGAGAGUGACUGCCCUGCCCGGCAGGGCCUGGUGCCUGAUUACUAUGUCGAUAGCAUAGCCGACCUUCUUCCUGCACUCGAGGAUUAAUAGAGCAGAACGCUGGCAGCCCUGGAAGCCGUACCCCGCGGAGGGCCCCAAUUAAUCAUCUCGUGGCAGUAACGUGCUCACUAUGAUACCACCUGAAGUUAGCAGCCCUUAGGUUUUUAACCCUUCUGUCCUCUUGGUAUGAUUUUGUUUACAUCUCAGUCUUUUAAAAUGCACUUUGAAACAAAGAGGGCAUUAUGGUGUCACCCAAGUCUUGUGGGUUUGGAGCUUUCUUUUUUUUUUUUUUUUAAAUGAUAAGCAACACAUAUAGCCAAACGUUUGUGAUGCUCAGUGUCAUGUUGUCCUCUGGACUGAGUUGAGGAAAGCAGAGCCGAUAGAGCUGAGGAAGAGAACCCAGCAACUUGCAGCGUGUCCUCCUGGGCAGACUGGGGCUCAGUCUGAUUUAUUCAGGGAAAUGACUUUUGGAGUGUCCAGUAACUUAGCAGCUGUGCUUAGAAAUGCCUGCGGUGGCUGACAGAAUUAGUAUUUGGCCUUUGGAUUGAUUGAUUUCUUUUUCCAGAUUGGGUCUCGUUCUGCAGGAUGGCCCACUCUGAGUGUAACUUAGGAACUGCAAGCGGUCUCCUUUAUGUGGCCGUUACAAAUUGCACUUGUAAUGCAGAUUUGGGUGAUUCCACACGCAAAAUACAAGUGGUGUCUUCUGUAUACUGUAGUUGUCCGGGUGUUGGGUGUAUGUGUAAAGUACAUGUACAUACAAGAACUACCCUAGUCCUAACUUUAUGUCAGAAUAUAUUUAAAAUAUAAAUUUAAGUAUAGUAUAUGAUAAUAUAUCUUCUUUCCCAGAAGGGAAGCUAAGAGGAAUGUACUUUGCUGAUCACAAAAGUUUUAAUUCUCAUUAGCUUAUGCAUUUGAUAAUGCAGAGAGUAUGUAACCACAUAGGACUGUCCUUCACUCCUGCUGUCCCCACAGGUAACUGGACUGAUCAGACUCCAGGUUCGCUCCCGUUCUUCCCUCAGUAUGGAAGCAGCUGCUUGCCUCGGUUUUAGCUGUAGGGUGUGAGUCAGGGCUCAGUCUGCAUCUGUAGUAGUGCCCCCCAUUGCAACUCUCCACCAAAAUAAACCUGGAAGAGAGCCAGCUAUAUAUGACAACAGCACGUGCUUCCUUUAAGUAUCUGAAUUUACUAUCUUCCUUGUGUGGCUGGUGUGGGGGCCUGGCACAAGCUGCUUGGCUGAAGAGUGUUUGCUUGCUCAGGUGAUGAUUUUAUUUGGAUCCCUAGGUAGCUUUUGUGUGAUGCGUAGCUCAGGCUAUGGGAUAGAUUUUUAUGCAGGCUAACUUGAAGGCUGCGGUUCCAAGCUUUUGUAUUACAGAAUCGAGUGAAAAAUUAUAUAUGCAAAUAACAUUAUUUUAUGUAUAGAUUCAACUGUUAGUUAAAUUUAAGCACUGACCUUCCUUCAUUUCCCACUGUUCGGUUGAAUAGCUCUAGCUGUAUCGAUGCCAUUUCCCUCCACUCAGACACUAGAAAUGAGUAGAUUUACCACCUUGUUGGUACAGCAAUAACUGUGCAGCCCAUAUUGUCUUUCAGUGUUAUGAGAGUAUUAGCUGGAUCUUGUAAAAGACUUCCAUAAUUCAGAGUUGUGUAAGGAAGCACAGAUAACUUCUUCCCUGUUCUUGUCUUCAGGAAAACUUUCACGUUAACCUGGGUAACACAGAAAUGGACGCUGUGGGUUUACAGUAGGUAGGAUCUGACUCAACAAUGCGUUCUUCAGUUCACUUCCUGCAUUUGGUGCUUCUAAUUUCAGAACAUGUCAAGUAAGCCAGUACACGCCAGGUGAGGCGUUCAGCCUCUUGGAGCAGCACGCUGUCCCUGUUGAGCACUGUUCACUGUACAACCCGUACCUCGAUUCACUCAUGCUGAAAUGUAUUGGUGAAGGUGUCAAUUGUGCUUCAGAACUCUGUAUCAACUUCCCAAUGGUUUUUAACCCUCUACUCGAGUUCACAUUAAACUUGCAAACCUGC